AAGGUAACAUGACCGGUCCUCCAGGGGACCCAGUCACCGCUCAGCCCACACCCCUCCCAGGAGUGGGGUUCCUGACAACAGGAGGAAGAGGAAACUCAGGCUCAGAGAAAGGGCACUGCUCUCGAAGCUCCAGGAGCAGAGGCGACACUUGAAGGAAGUGGUUUCCUUCAAAGGAAGCCCUCACCCACAUCAGGGUCCUCUAAAGCUGGAAGGCAGGACCUCGGGAGGAGGAGGAGGUCCCGCCAAGGACCAAGGGGCGGGAAGAGGCAGGAAGAACUCAGGGCCUGAGCCCACGGAGGUGGGGUGGAUGCUGUUGCAGGAGAGACACAGAGAAGCCCCUGGAGGGGCUGGGACACACAGAAGCCCACCCUCGGGGACAGGAGCAGAGGAGCCUCUCCUUCCCACAUCUUCCUUCUUCCCCUCCCAGCUCACUGCCACUUGCCUGAGCUGGACUCGGAAGCCACACACAGGUCCGUGAUGCACUGAGCCCUGGCUGUGUUGGGCACCUGCGUCUUCCCUGAAGCAUCGCCAGGGUCUGUGGCCCCGUCCACUCCCAGCACCCACAGGGACGUGCUGGUGGGUGGGCUUGGGAGGGAGCUAGACCCCAGGGGGAGCCUCUCAGAGAGAAGGACGGGCCCUGGUCCCCAUCACUGGACAGGGAUGCCAGGAAGGCACCAACGCUGUCCCCCAAACAAGAACCAGGGGAGUUGUGGACAUGGCUCAGUGGUAACACACCCGGGCCUUCCUUAGUGGGUUAAGAUGCCGGUGUGGCCACAAGCUGAGGUGUAGGACACAGAUGCGGCUCGGAUGCCGUGUUGCCAUGGCUGUCUUGCCGGCUGGCACCUGCUAGCUCUGAUGCCACCAUAGCCUGGGAAAUUCCAUAUGCAGCAACAGGGGCCCUAAAAAGACCAGGAAAAAAAAAAAACCCACAAAAAUAGAGCCAGGCUCCCGAGAAGAGGCAGUUCCCCUUCCUGUGGGGCUGCAGACCUGACAGCCCCGUGACAGGAAGGACCAGCCUCCGAGGGGCCACACCCUGGGCCCUGUCUGUCCUGAGGGCGCCUGACUCUCCUCCAGCUGCACAGCCUGGACCACGGGGAGGAGACGCCAUGACCCCCACGCUCCCGGGCCUGCUCUACCUCGGGCUGAGUGUGGGCCUGGGGACCCAGGUGCAGGCAGGGAUUCUCCCCAAACCCACCCUCUGGGCUGAGCCAGGCCCUCUGGUCACCUGGAAUAGCCCUGUGACCAUCUGGUGUCAGGGGGCUCUGUGGGCCCAGGAGUUCCAUCUGGUUAAAGAGGGAAGGCAAAUUCCCUGGUACCAACUGAGACCACUGGAGGAUCGGGUCACGGCCAAGUUCUCCAUUCAAUACAUGACCCAGGUCUACGCAGGGAGGUACCGCUGUUACUACAUCAGUCCCAUUGGCGAGUCACAGCCCAGCGACGCCCUGGAACUGGUGGUGACAGGAGCCCACAGCAAAGCCGCCCUCUCAGCCCUGCCCAGCCCUGUGGUGGCCUCAGGAGGGAAUGUGACCCUCCAGUGUGGCUCAUGGCACAGAUAUGACAGGUUCAUCCUGACUAAGGAAGGAGAACACAAGUCCUCCUGGACCCUGGACACACAGAGACACCCCGAUGGGCAGACCCGGGCCCUGUUCCCUGUGGGCCCCGUGACCCCCAGCCACAGGGGGACGUUCAGAUGCUAUGGCUAUUUCAGAGACAAACCCCAGGUGUGGUCAGAACCCAGUGACCCCCUGGAGCUCCUGGUCUCAGGGGGCUCUGGGAAGCCCUCCCUCCUGACCCCGCAGGGCCAUGUCAUGGCCUCUGGACAGAGCCUGACCCUCCAGUGUCGCUCUGCCAUCAGCUAUGACAGGUUUGCGCUAGCCAAGGAGGGGGCAUGGGACCUCCGCCAGUGCCCUGCCUGGCAGCCCCAGGCUGGGCUCUCUCAGGCCCACUUCCCCCUGGGCCAGGUGAGCAGCCACCCUGGGGGCCGGUACAGAUGCUACGGUGGACACAACCUCUCCUCACUGUGGUCGGCCCCCAGUGACCCCCUGGACAUCCUGGUGGCAGGAUGGUUCCCUGCCACACCCUCCCUCUCACAACAACCGGGCCCCUCAGUGGCCGCAGGACAGAACGUGACCCUGCUGUGUCGGUCAUGGGUUCCCAUGGACACUUUCCUUCUGUCCAAGGAGGGGGCGGCCCACCCCCCGCUGCGUCUUAGGUCACAGCCCCAAGCUGGGCAGAACCAGGCCCAGUUCUCCAUGGGUCCUGUGACCUCGGCCCAUGGGGGCACCUACAGGUGCUACGGCUCACUCACCAGGGACCCCUACCUGCUGUCACAGCCCAGUCAGCCCCUGGAGCUCGUGGUCUCAGGAGGCUCCCAGGAUCAGCCCUCCCCCCACGGACUCAGGCCCCCGCAGGGGCCUCCCAUGGUACCUGAGCCUUCUGAUCGGGGUCUCAGUGGCCUUCGUCCUGCUGCUGCUCCUCCUCCUCUUCCUCCUCUUCCGACAUCGACACCGACACCAGGGUCAGGACAGAUGCAGGAAGUCAGGGGCUGCAGACCCAGAGCCCGAGGACAGAGGCCUGCAGAACAGGUGACUCCUGCCCCAAAGACCCCAGGCUCCCAGCUGCCCGCAGCCCCGUCCGCCCCUAACACCCCCAUCUCCUCCCAGCUCCAGCCCAGCCGCCGACGCCCAGGACCAGAACCUCUAUGCUGCCCUGAAGGACACACAGUCUGAGGAGGGGACGGAGCUGGACCAUCUGAACGGGCAGCAUGGAGCCCCCCAGGAGCAGACCUACGCCCAGGUCAACCACUCCAGAUCGAGAGUGAGGCGGGGGUGGCCCCCUCUCUCCCUCCCCGUCGGGGGCACUGCUGGACAGACCAGCGAAGACGACAGGCAGGGGGACGGUCAGGUGGGUGUCUGCCUCUCUGGGCCCCCAGGCUGCCCCUCACCCCAGAGGUACAGCUGGACUCUCUCUCCCCCACUGCAGGCUGCUGCAUCUGCAGAUGCCCAGGACGUGACCUACGCCCAGCUGAGCCACGGGACCCUCAGUCGGGGACAACGGCACCCCCUCCCUCCCAGUCUGGGGAGCCCCCAGCAGAGCCCAGCGUGUAUGCUGUUCUGCCAUCCGCUAGCCCCCAAGGACCCAGACCCCGCAUUCCAGGGACUGGAUUGCAGGCACCCCAGCAGGCACGGGAGCUGCUGGCAUGGACACCCCCUAAGGACCACCCGCCAGCCGGGACUCCUCACACGAGUCCAGGAGCUCCGGGGGCCCUAAGGAACUAACAACCCCACAUGUUGGACUUAAAGCAACAGACCUCUCAACUACCAGGGAUUCGGAAAGAGAAUCGUACAUUAUUCCAAACGAAGGUAGAAAGAGGGAAAUUAGAAUGACAAGAAUCAGUACCAAGGAGGACAAGCAAAAACUGGAGGAAAAUCCAGAGAGCCAACAUGCCAUUCUUGCCAACACCGAUCACACGCUCAAACCCCAGGCACGGGAACCAAGGGUCAAGGGACGAAGGCACACGUCACCCUUGUCGGGACACUACGCAGACCCUACAGAUGGGGUUUUCUGGGGUUUUUCUUUUCUGGCCACGCCUGCAUCAUGCAGAAGGUCCUGGACCAGGGAUCAAACCCUCACCACAACAAUGACAAUGCCGGAUCCUUAACCCACUGAGCCACAAGGGAACUCCCCUACAGUUUUAAGUAAAGAACUUUAUGGAGUUCCCACCGUGGCUCACGGGAUCAGCAGGAUCUCUGACCACUAGGAUGCAGGUUCGAUCCCCGGCCUGGCACCGGGUGUUAAGGGUCCAGCAUUGCCGCAGACACUGCAUACGACUCAGACCUGAUCCCUGGCCUCGGAAUUCCGCAUGCUCCAAGGAGGCCAAAAAAGAAAAACUAAAUACACAAAUAAAUAGAACUGUGUGAACAAUUUUAUGCCACAAGAAAAUGUAGAUGAAAGGGACAAAAAUUCUCAAAAAUACAAUUUACCAAAAUGAUGGAGAUAAACGGAGAUAACAAAUCUUGGAGUUCCCGUCAUGGCUCAGUGGUAAUGAACCCAACUAGCAUCCAGGAGGAUGCUGUGACCGUGCGGGUGUUUUUUUCAGGAAUGCAGGAUUGGUU